UCAACCAAAGUAGAAAGUAAGUAACAGGUUCAAAUCCCCGUGAUUUAUAGGAAGCACACGAUGCCUUUUCCUCGGGGCCAGCGUGGGCCAGGGCGAGGCUUCUCCCGCUUCGCUAGUCGCUACUGCUCCUCUCUCCCACAAGUGGAGUUCUAUCCAUGCUUCUUUGCACUCUGCUACAAUUAGCAAAGCACCAGUCAUUAUACUGGACGGUAUGGGUGCAGCUUCAUUGUCCGAGACAGUAAAUUUGAGGGCUUCUUUGCUAAAUCAACCCACUCCCGUAGUUUCAUCUGGGGUGCAUUGUGGCCGCAUAUCUUAUCUUGUACUUAAUAAGAGAAAUAUUUAUCCUGUGAACAGAAACAGGAAAACAUGUUAUUCAGAUGGUUUGCAGCGUAAGCUAAGGACUACUCCUCUCUCGAGAACGGGUGCUUCAAGAGGGACUUCUGCUGAUGUUCUAGAUGAUAGCGAUGGCGAUGCAUCGGGGAGGAGUGAAGUUAUAGGGGCUGACGAAGAUGAAAUUCUGGCAACUAGAAAUGCUCUAGCUGAGGCGCGAGCCAGACAAGAUGCUAUUGAGAAAGAGAGAGAUUUAUUACUUGAAGAAUUAGCUCGUUCUGAGGCUAAGCAGCAGGAGUAUGUUGCCACUAUCAUGCGUGAUAAGGAGGUGGCCAUUGCAGAGCUUGAGGCAGCAAAAGCUCUGUUCAAUCAGAAGUUGGAGCAGUCUGUUGGGGAGAAGUUCAAUUUGGAGUCUAAGUUGGUCCUUGCCAAACAAGAUGCUCUUGAGCUUGCUGUGCAAGUUGAAAAGUUGGCAGAAAUAGCUUUCCAGCAAGCAACAUCUCACAUAUUAGAAGAUGCAAAAUUGAAAGUUUCAGCAGCUGAAACAGCUGCUGCAGAGGCAGCAUAUCAAAUUGAAGAACAAAUCCUGCAUGCCACAGAGGGGACAAUAUUUUCCAUUGUGCAGCAAUCUAAAAUUGCAAUAGAGAAAGCAUUAGCUGUUGCAGAAUCAGCUGGUGAUCAGUCAACUAAAGCCAUGGCUUUAUUUACAGAUGAUAUGAAUCCUCUUGAUGAUAUUUUGUACGUUCAAUCUCAAAAUAUUAAGCUACAAAAUGACAUCAAUAACUUAGAGUCACGUUUAAUAGUUUCGAGCAAUGAGAUUAACAGGUUACAGUUGGAGUUGGAACAGGCCCAUCAACGAUGUAGUGCUUUUGAACACCAAGUAAGUGAAGCUGAGAAAGCCUUUUUUGAACUUCAAGAGUCAAGCAAGAAAGCAGCUCUUCAACAAGAGGAGGAAGUCAAAUCAUUUUUGGAAAAGAUUAAGAAGGAUGCAGUGGAAAAAGAGAGGGCAGCUUCGAAGGCUCUUAAGGUUGAGUUGGACGCUAUCAAGGCUGCUAUUGAAGCAGCUAAAGAAACUGCACAUUUCCAAGAUGACGCCUACAUGAAGAGAUGUGAAGCGUUAGAGAGAUCUCUAAGAGCAUCUGAAGCUGCUUCAAAGACGUGGAGACAAAGAGCAGAAAUAGCAGAGGCCUUGUUAAUGAACCAGAGAUCCCCCUGUGAGGAGGACAAAAGUGCAUUUUAUGUUGUCAAUGGUGGACGUUUGGAUUUCCUGAUGGAUGAGGAUUCACAAAAAUGGAAACUACUGACUGAUGGUCCUCGCAGAGACAUACCGGAUUGGAUGGCCCGAAGUUUAUCCAAGUUUCCCAAGUUUCCACCUAGAAAGACUGAUGUCUCAGAAGCUGAGAUAUCCAAGUUUAUGUCUUUGGACUUGCCCAGGCUAGAUGAAGUAUGGUCAAUUGCUAAAGAAAAGCCAAAGGAAGGUGACAUACUUGUGGAGCACGUCCUUGAGAAAGAAGUUAUAGAGAAAAAGCGGAAGGCUUUAGAACGUGCACUUCAACGGAAGACAAUUAAAUGGCAGAGGACUCCAGAAGAAAUAAAGUUAGAGCCUGGAACUGGAACUGGACGAGAGAUUGUGUUCCAAGGGUUUAACUGGGAAAGCUGGAGAAAGAGGUGGUACCUUGAGCUUGCUGCUAAAGCUGCUGAUUUGUCCCGGUCUGGUAUUACAGCUGUAUGGUUGCCGCCUCCAACGGAAUCAGUUGCUCCACAAGGAUAUAUGCCUUCUGAUCUUUACAACUUGAACUCAGAAUAUGGUUCUGAGGAAGAGCUGAAGCAUUGCAUUGUUGAAAUGCAUAACCAAGAUCUCCUGGCCUUGGGAGACGUUGUACUGAACCACAGAUGUGCUCAUAAACAGAGUCCAAAUGGCAUCUGGAAUAUAUUUGGGGGCAAGCUUGCAUGGGGUCCUGAAGCAAUUGUUUGUGAUGACCCAAAUUUCCAAGGGCAUGGAAAUCCUUCAAGUGGUGACAUCUUUCAUGCGGCGCCAAACAUCGAUCAUUCCCAGGACUUUGUUAGAAAGGAUAUAAGAGAGUGGCUAAACUGGCUCCGGAAUGAUAUUGGUUUUGACGGGUGGCGGCUAGAUUUUGUUAGAGGAUUUGCAGGUGAAUAUGUCAAAGAAUAUAUAGAGGCUUCGAAUCCUGCUUUUGCUAUUGGAGAGUACUGGGAUAGCUUGGCUUAUGAAGGUGGUAAUCUCUGUUAUAACCAGGAUGCUCAUCGGCAAAGGAUAGUUAACUGGAUCAAUGCCACUGGUGGUAUAUCCUCAGCAUUCGACGUCACAACGAAGGGUAUACUCCAUUCUGCUCUGCAUAAUCAGUAUUGGAGGUUAAUUGAUCCUCAAGGAAAACCAACAGGAGUAAUGGGAUGGUGGCCCUCACGUACCGUAACUUUCUUAGAGAAUCAUGAUACUGGAUCGACACAGGGUCAUUGGCCAUUUCCCCGGGACAAGCUUACGCAGGGAUAUGCAUAUAUUUUAACCCAUCCAGGAACGCCUGUGAUAUUCUAUGAUCACUUUUACGAUUUUGGGCUUCGGGAGAUCAUCAGCGAAUUAAUUGAAUCUCGAACAAGGGCCGGGAUCCAUUGUCGAAGUCCUGUAAAGAUAUACCAUGCAAAUAAUGAUGGGUAUGUAGCACAAAUUGGAGAAACACUGGUUUUGAAGCUUGGGUACUUGGACUGGAACCCUUUUAAGGAGGUUCAUUUGGAUGGGAGCUGGGACAAGUUUGUGGACAAAGGCUCAGACUACCAGUUGUGGUUGAGACGGUAGUAGCAUCAGAUUUUAGUUUUAGUUAUUGCAAUUGUACUUUGUGUAUGGACCAAGAAAUUAGUACUACAACAAACUGUUAUUGCUACUGAUAAAUCUGUUCUGGAUCCUUCGUUCGUCACGCAAUAAAAUUCGAGAAUACAUACAUGCCUGAAUGA